UGUGUUUCCUGCUAAAACUCAUGGAAAUCAGUCAGUGAUGGAGGGAGAUUCAGUCACUCUAGACUCUGAUCUUACUGAAAUGAUGGAUGAUGAUCUGAUUCUGUGGACGUUUGGACCUGAAAACACUCGAAUAGCUGAAAUCAAUGUCCUGGCUGACAGCAUGACUGUAUUUGAUGAUGUUCUUGAUGGUAUAUUCAGAGACAGACUGAAGCUGGACGAUCAAACUGGAUCUCUGACCAUCACACACACCAGAACUGAUCAUGCUGGACAUUAUAAACUAGACAUCAAGCGUGCGAUCAAGACUUUCAGUCUCACUGUGUAUGGUGUUCUGCCUGUUCCUGUCAUCAGCAGAAACUCAUCAUCAUCUUCAUCAUCUUCAUCAUGUUCACUGGUGUGUUCAGUCGUGAAUGUGAGUCAUGUGACUCUCUCCUGGUUCAGAGGAACCAGUUUAUUGUCCAGCAUCAGAGUGUCUGAUCUCAGCAUCAGUCUCUCUCUUCCUCUGGAGCUGGAAGAUCAGGAUAAAAACAGCUACAGCUGUGUGCUCAACAAUCCCAUCAGCAACCAGACUCAACAUCUGGACAUCACUCGACUCUGUCACACAUCUGCAGAUCAGGGCCUUCCUUUACUGUACGUGGUGCUUAUCGCGGCUGGAUCUCUGUUGAUCGUAGCUGCAGUCGUGAUCUGCUGCAUCUGCAAGAAAUGUAGAAAAUCAGUCGAGACGCAGGAUGAAGACAGAACUGAUUCAGUGUUGUGUAAACCAACACCAGCAAAAACAGUAAGUAGCUGA